AUGGAGACCAUAAUAGAAGGUUGCAAGUCUAUUGUUCCUUGUGAAGGAAAGGAGGAUGUAAUUACAUGGAUUGCUCACCCUAAAGGGCAGUUCAUUGUUUUAAGUGCCUGGAAUGUAUUUAGAAGGAAAGCUGCUGUGAAUACUUGGCAUAGACUCAUUUGCUCUUCUCCAUCUAUAUCUCGGCAUUGCUUCAUUUCUUGGCUUGCUGCUGGUAAUAAGCUUAAAACUCUAGACACGGUUGCUGAAUGGAAAGGAGGAGUGGACAUCACGUGUGUUUACUGUCAUGGUGCUGUUGAUAGUAGAGAUCAUCUCUACUUUGAUUGUGCUUUCUCCACCAGUAUUUGGAAGACUGUUUUGCAUAAGCUUGGUGAAAGGAGAAUUCCUCGAGUUUGGAGUUUUGAGUUGCAGCGGGCUUCUAUCAAAUAUAAAGGGAAGUCUCUGAGGGCUGCUAUUGCUAGAUCGGCAUGGCAUGCCUGUAAAUAUCAUAUUUGGAAAGCGAGGAAUGGAAAUAUUUUUGAAGGGAUUGCUCUCUCGGAAAGCAAGGUGGUGGAGUGCAUCAAGCAAGAUGUGGAGUGCAGGUUAAUGGGAACUAAGGGUCUGCAUCAAAAAGUUCGAAAUGGUUGUUAG